CUACCGCUAUCACCACCAUCACCACCACCGCCGCCGCCGCCGCCACAGACACCUCCACCACCCACAGAUACGGCACUACCGAUAUCCCCUCCACCCGCCACCACCGGAGACCGUCGUGCCGACAACAACAACGACGACGACGCAGCGGCGGCGGCGGUACGUCAUGUCCAGGCCGCACCGGCGCCCGUCUGCCGUGAAGGUUCGCGCGCAGUUUUUACGUCGGCCCGCGGCCGCCAUGUGAGCGAAAUAUUUUCCUCCACGCACGCACACACACGCACACACAUUGUUGUCGCCGCCGCCGCCGCCGCCGCCGUUGUCGUCGUAGUCGUCGGUUUUCGGUCGUCGCGUUUCGUAUCGCCGGUGCACACGACCACCGCCGCGCCGCCGAUAUCGUCGUUCGCCGUCCGCUCAGUUCGCUGUCGACGGGGCCGCUGCAGAACGAGAUGAACAUAAGUCAAUAAUGGGCGGAAUGGAUACAGAUCAAUUAUAUUCCGUGCGUUGGAAUGAAUUCCACACAAGUAUUAUAACAUCAUUCAGACAUUUACUUGAUCAAGAAGACUUUAUAGAUGUUACUAUCGCUUGUGAUGGUCAAUCAUUUACUGCACAUAAAGUUGUGCUUUCUGCAUGUAGUCCUUACUUCAGAUCUCUGCUCAAGGCAAAUCCAUGCCAACAUCCCAUUGUAAUCCUUCGCGAUGUUAAGAAACAAGAAAUGGAAGCAUUAUUGAGUUUCAUGUACAAUGGAGAAGUUCGGAUUAAUCAAGAACAUUUACCAGAAUUUUUGAAAACUGCUCGUAGCUUGCAAGUACGAGGUCUUGUUGAUUUUACUAAAGAAAACCAACCAUCCUCAUGGGGAAGUUCAAGUGUAGUUCCAGUUGAUGUGGUUGGAAAAAAUAAAGCCAGUGAUAAUUUACCUAGCCCACCAUAUAAAAGACAACGUAACAACUCUGAACAGUUGACUACUCAACCAUUGACUCCUAGUAGUAGUUAUAAUGCGGAUAGAGAUAAAGAUACACCAUCACUGCUUGUUCAAGCAUUGGAAUUGAAUCAAUCACAGUCAAGUCAGAAUAAAAAUACAGUAGACUCGUCGGUUACUGGUCAUUCAUCCGAUGAAGAGGAUAGUAAUUCUGGAGAUUCAGAUGGCAGUCAUACAGUUAAUGAUAAUACACGUUCAGAUGUAAAUCAGCAAAACAAUGAUAUUGUUAUUCAACCUCAAAUAUCUCAGGCUCGACAUUCAAAACUAGAACCUGUAGAUUUUUUAUCAAGUAGUGGUAAUAAUCAUGACCUACACAAUACAUCAAUCUCAAUUGAACAACAAUCCAGGCAUUCUUUUCCUACUUCAAUUUCAUCCGGAGUUUCAAUUAUAAGUAGCUUACAAGGACUGCCAGGUCUAUUACCAGGUCCAUCAGGCUUACACAACAAUAGCCAAGAAAACAGCUAUGCCAGGAGAUCGAUCGAGAUGACCAGAGUAAGAGCAACCGACCCGAGACCGUGUCCCAAGUGCGGCAAGAUCUACCGUUCGGCACACACGCUCCGCACACAUCUGGAGGACAAACAUACCGUGUGUUCUGGAUAUAGAUGUGUACUGUGCGGCACGGUGGCCAAAUCGAGGAAUUCGUUGCACUCGCACAUGUCCCGUCAACACCGUGGUAUAAGUACCAAGGAUCUACCCGUGCAACCAAUGCCGUCCAAUUUCGAUCCAGAAUUGGCGUCAAAUCUGCUGCUAAAAGCUGGAGUCAAGGUAUCGCCGGCUGAAUUACGGGCAAGAGCUUCGCCAACAGACGCGGUCACUACCAGUCACCGGCGCAGCGACGGCAAACUGGACUUGCAGUCGGCUAACAGUAGCGUGUGCGGCGGUGACGACCCCGAGGACUUAACCGUGAACUCGUCCGGUCACCACCACAAUCACCACAACAACAACAAUAACAACCAUCACCACCAGCAAUACGGAAACAACAACAACAACCAACAGCGGUACAGCGAAUCACAACAACAGCAACUGUUGCAGCAGCAGCAGCACCAUCUCCACAACAGCGGUGGUGGCAAGUUUCCCACGGCCAUGGACUUGAUCGACAAUUACGCGCGGGCAGGCGGUGGCGGGGGAGGCAGCGGCGGAGGUGCUCUGUCACCGUUCCUGCCGGCUUUUGCGGCUUGUGGCAAAGACUUGCAGCCGGGUGACAGCAAGAUCUCACCGUACAACAACAAAGCGUUCCUGGACUCGUACCUCAAGGCACUGGUGGAGACCAACCCACCGCUGUUCUACGCAUCCAAGAUUGCCGGAGACAUGAUCAAACACGAGAUCGCGCCCGAUGACGCGGAUUACUCGUCAGCGUCCGACGAGGACGAUAUCGAUGAGGAUGACGUCGAUGAGGACGUCGAUGAAGACGUCGACGACGAAGACGACGACCGCCGUCGUCGGCGUGGGCACAGCAACGGUGGCGGAGCCGGUAGCGUCAACGACACGCCACUGCCGCUGCAAGCCGGCAAGAACUGAUCGGGCAAAUCCGCCCCCAAUCUCUCCCCCCUCCCAGCAGGCCCACCCAAUCUCACUAUCAACUCCGCACUACCAUCUACACCGCUGCCGUUCAUCGGUGCGAGAGCGCCGAAACAAAGUGUAAAAAAUUUAAAAAAAUCAAAAAAAAUUUAGAACUUAGGCCUUUUAGUUUUGAGUGUAUAUUGAAUAAAUCCGUGAUUCUUCGUCUGCAGGGCGAAAGAGAGAAGAGAGUACGUAUAUAAAAUAUUAUUGUAAUAUUAUUAUCAUUAUUAUUAUUAUUAUUAUUAUUAUUAUAUAAUAGCUAUAAAGUGUAGCGGUCAGUUAGGUCGUGUGUUUGAUGUAUUCACGGACAGAACUACCUGUAUUGUAAGAUCUAAAAUUUAUUUUUUUAAAGACUUCAUGAAUGUAUACGUCAACGGAAAUUCUCGGAGGACAAUAAUUUCUAAUAUUAUACUUACUAAGCAAAUUUUAUCAUUAAACACAGUACAAAAAUUUUUGAUGAUUUAAUCCCACAGAAGACAACGUAGAUCUAUUUUCUGAUCAGGUGUUUUUUUUUUUUUAUUAUUAUUAUUAUUAUUAUUAUUAAUCAAUUUUUUUUACGUUUUUAUUUAUUUACGACUAGUCAUUAAAUUGUUUAACAGUCUAACAUAGCAGUUCAAACAUGUUUGUUCCUAAAUGUUUUUAUCAGAUUUUUUUCUUUUCGUUCGUGCCAUAGUAUAUAAUAUACACCUAAAUAAUAAUAUGAUAUUUACGAAACCUUUUACGGGUUAGACUCUCUCUAAUAUUAUAUAGAUACCAUACCAUUCCUCUUCAACUACCUCAAUCGUAGAUGUUAAAAUGUGUUUUUUGCUUACGCCAAAUAAUAAAUCGAUCACAACCUCUUAACACAAGACUUGAAUUACAUUGUUACAUGUAUAAUAUAUUUUUUCGUCUUUUAAAACAUGCCAUAUACACUUGUUAGUUAAAAGUAGGUACACUUCCUAACUAUAAACCAGUAUUAAUAAAAACAACUUUAGUGAUACAGCAAAGUUAUAUUAUUAUAUUUUUUUGAAAACUCGUAGUACCAUUAUUAAAAAAAAAAAACAUCCCCUAUGAUUUUCAUUUUUUUAUUUAUUUAUUUACAUAUUUAUUUAUUUUUUAUCUAAUUAAACACAUUAUUGCUGUAUGUUGACCCGUUUGUUUUAAAAAUGUAUUUCAAUGAUAAAAUUGCUAAUAGUAUAGUCUGAAGACUUCCUCAUUGCAUGUGUUCA